UGCAGAGAACGGGAGCAAUGGCAAUUGCAUCUGCGAUGAACUGCAGGUCGUUGCCGUUAUUUUCUAUAGUUUCCUCAUCACUUGAGGAUGACACGCUCAUUAAUUUGAUGAAAAACUGAACGGUCUGUGUAAGCCUUGGAGUACAACUGUCAGUGAUGCUGAGUGAACGAAGUCCCACGUCAACUACAAGCUGGAACAAGUCAAGACAUGUCGCUC